UCCUCCUCUCUCACACACACAAUGCGGCUCAGCAGCACACAGCCUGGGCUCUUACUCUCCUCAUUCAUCACCGGUAUGGUCGCUCUGUUCUGCUCUUUACCACAGUCGCUGAUAUAGACUCACCGAGCUACCGCCCAGCCGCUUUCUCACCUUCUCUCUCUCUCCCCCUCUCCGCACUCUCUCUCUCUCUCUCUCUCAGAAGGAGUAAUGGAGUGGACCACCAUGUAGACAGUCUGCAGCCAGAGACAGAAGAGAAGCUAGAAGCUGCAGACUGGGAACAUAACCUCUGGAGCGGCUCCUUGAUUGCUGCCAUGAAAAGAAGCGCACUAAGAACAGAAGGGAUGUUAUUAUCUUGUGGACGGUCCUCUGCACCUCUCGCUGGUCUAACUUGCUUCUCUUAGUGUUCUCCUGGAUGGUCGUGUGGUUAUACGGUAUUUUCUCCACGUCGCUCACUUAUUAAGGGAACUGUCUGUAUCUCAAACCGAGGAUUUAGAUGUUUCGCCCUCUGUCCGUCUGCGGGUGCUGCAGCAUCACGGCUCUUUUCUCUCUCUCUCUGACCUAGAGAUCUAUCGUCUGGUUUCUCCGGUAUCACCGGGCACAUUCCAGUGUCAUUCAUCUCUCUCUCUCUCUCCCUCUCUCUCUCUCACUCUUUCUCUAUCUCUCUCUCGCUUUCUCUUUCCCUUUCUUUAUUUUACGAAUCUCUCUUUCUCUCCACCUACACGACUCAUUGAGUUUUGUUUCUGCGUCAAGAUACUGAGCAGCUAGUCAAGUCACCAUGGGGGACCUGACGAACAGUGAUUAUUACGCUAAGAACCAAGGAAACGAUGUCAGCAGUAACCACGAGGGGGGCUUUGGGGUCUCGGUCAUGGAGCUGCGCGACCUCAUGGAGCUGAGAGGCAGCGAGGCGGUGGUUAAGAUCCAGGAGGAGUACGGGGACAUGGACGGGCUCUGUCAACGGCUCAGAACAUCACCCACAGAAGGCUUAACAGGAGAUGACCUAGAUAAGAGGAAAGAAGUGUAUGGGGAAAACCUUAUACCCCCGAAGAAGCCAAAAACCUUCCUCCAGUUAGUAUGGGAAGCCCUGCAGGACGUGACUCUGAUCAUCUUGGAGGUGGCUGCCCUGAUCUCUUUGGGACUGUCCUUCUAUCAGCCUCCGGGAGGGGACAGCGGAGAGUCCUGUGGGACAGCGGCGGCGGGUGCGGAGGAUGAGGGUGAGGCCGAGGCCGGCUGGAUAGAGGGAGCAGCCAUCUUGUUGUCUGUCGUGUGUGUGGUUCUGGUGACGGCCUUCAACGACUGGAGCAAGGAGAAGCAGUUCAGAGGGCUGCAGAGCCGCAUCGAGCAGGAGCAGAAGUUCCAGGUGGUCCGAGGUGCUCAGGUCAUCCAGCUCCCGGUUGCUGACAUCGUGGUCGGGGACAUCGCACAAAUCAAGUAUGGUGACCUGCUUCCAGCCGAUGGAGUGUUGAUACAGGGGAACGAUCUGAAGAUAGACGAGAGUUCACUAACAGGAGAGUCUGAUCACGUCAAGAAAGAUGCCGAUAAGGACCCCAUGCUGCUGUCUGGUACCCAUGUGAUGGAGGGUUCCGGCAGGAUGCUGGUAACAGCUGUAGGGGUCAACUCUCAGACCGGCAUCAUCUUUACUCUGCUGGGGGCCGGAGAGCCAGUGGAGGAGGAGAAGAAGAAGGAGAAAGACUGCCCCCAUCCCUCUGCCCACCCCAUCGCAACUAUAGCCACCGAUGGUACUGCAGGCGGUAUUGCACCUGGCAAUGCCAGCCUAGGUAAUGGUAAAAUACAGGAUGGCAAUAUGGAGAACAACCAGACUAAAGUCAAGAAGCAGGACGGAGCGGCCGCCAUGGAGAUGCAGCCUCUGAAGAGCGCCGAGGGAGGAGAGAUGGAGGAGAAGGAGAAGAAGAAGGCAAACGUCUCCAAGAAGGAGAAGUCUGUCCUCCAGGGGAAACUGACCAAGCUGGCUGUUCAGAUUGGCAAAGCAGGUCUGGUGAUGUCAGCCAUCACAGUGAUCAUCCUGGUGCUGUACUUUGCUGUGGACAACUUUGUCCUGCAGAAGAGGCCGUGGCUGACGGAGUGUACCCCCAUCUACGUCCAGUACUUUGUCAAGUUCUUCAUCAUCGGUGUCACCGUGCUGGUGGUGGCUGUACCCGAGGGGCUGCCCCUGGCCGUCACCAUCUCCCUGGCCUACUCUGUCAAGAAAAUGAUGAAAGAUAAUAACCUGGUUCGCCACCUUGAUGCGUGUGAGACGAUGGGGAACGCCACGGCCAUCUGCUCCGACAAGACUGGCACUCUGACCACCAACCGCAUGACAGCUGUAGCGUGCUACGUUGGAGACGUCCACUAUAAGGAGAUACCAGACCCCGGAGCGCUGACUGCCAAGUCUCUGGACAUACUGGUCAAUGCCAUCUCUCUCAACAGCGCCUACACCACCAAGAUACUGCCUGCCACCAAGGAGGGUGGUCUGCCCAUGCAGGUGGGUAACAAGACAGAGUGUGGCCUGCUUGGCCUGGUGCUGGACCUGAAGAGAGACUACCAACCCAUCCGCAACCAGAUCCCAGAGGAGAAACUCUACAAGGUAUACACCUUCAACUCGGCCAGGAAGUCAAUGUCCACUGUCAUCAAACUAUCAGACGGCAGCUUCAGGAUGUACAGCAAGGGAGCCUCUGAGAUCGUCCUGAAGAAGUGCACUAAGAUCCUGAACCAGGAAGGCGAGCCGCGGGUGUUCCGUCCCCGGGAUAAGGACGAGAUGGUGAAGAAGGUGAUCGAGCCGAUGGCGUGUGACGGGCUGCGGACCAUCUGCGUGGCGUACCGUGACUUCCCUGCCGACCCAGAACCCCUCUGGGACAACGAGAACGACAUCCUCAAUGAGCUGACGGCCGUCUGUGUGGUUGGGAUAGAGGAUCCUGUCAGACCAGAGGUACCAGAUGCCAUUAUAAGGUGCCAGCGUGCUGGAAUCACGGUGCGCAUGGUGACAGGUGACAACAUCAACACGGCCAGGGCCAUCGCCAUCAAGUGUGGCAUCAUCCACCCUGGAGAAGACUUCCUGUGUAUCGACGGAAAGGAGUUCAACAGGAGGAUCCGCAACGAGAAGGGAGAGGUUGAGCAGGAGCGCAUGGACAAGGUGUGGCCUAAACUGCGAGUCCUGGCUAGAUCCUCCCCUACUGAUAAACACACACUGGUUAAAGGCAUCAUAGACAGCUGCUUGACAGACCAGAGACAAGUGGUGGCGGUGACAGGAGACGGGACUAACGAUGGACCAGCCCUAAAGAAGGCUGACGUGGGCUUUGCCAUGGGUAUAGCCGGUACAGACGUGGCCAAGGAGGCGUCUGACAUCAUAUUAACGGACGAUAACUUCAGUAGCAUAGUGAAGGCUGUGAUGUGGGGGAGGAACGUCUACGACAGCAUCUCCAAGUUCCUCCAGUUCCAGCUGACUGUCAACGUGGUGGCUGUCAUAGUGGCCUUCACUGGGGCCUGCAUCACACAGGAUUCUCCCCUGAAGGCGGUCCAGAUGCUGUGGGUGAACUUGAUAAUGGACACCUUUGCGUCCCUGGCCCUGGCGACGGAGCCCCCCACCGAGGCCCUGCUGAUGAGGAAGCCGUACGGCCGCAACAAACCGCUGAUCUCUAGCACCAUGACCAAGAACAUCCUGGGACACGGCAUCUAUCAGCUGGUCAUCAUCUUCUCCUUGCUGUUCGUCGGUGAGCAGAUCUUUGACAUAGACAGUGGUCGUCACGCUCCUCUCCACUCCCCUCCGUCAGAACACUACACCAUCAUUUUCAACACCUUCGUCCUCAUGCAGCUUUUCAACGAGAUCAACGCCAGGAAGAUCCACGGAGAGAGGAACGUCUUCGACGGAAUCUUCAGGAACCCCAUCUUCUGUUCCAUCGUCUUUGGAACCUUCGCCAUCCAGAUUGUGAUCGUACAGUUUGGAGGGAAGCCGUUCAGUUGUACUCCUCUGGAUUUGGAGAAGUGGGGAUGGUGUACCUUCCUUGGACUGGGAGAGUUAGUCUGGGGACAGGUGAUCGCCACCAUCCCUAACUGCAAGCUACGGUUCCUGCGAGGGGCAGGCCAGCUGACCAAGAAGAACGAGAUGCCUGGGGACGAAGACAUGAACGAGGACAAUGAGGAGAUUGACCACGCGGAGAGGGAGCUGAGACGUGGACAGGUCCUCUGGUUCAGGGGGCUCAACCGCAUUCAGACUCAGAUUCGGGUCGUGAACGCAUUCCGUAGCUCUCUCUACGAAGGCCUUGAGAAACCAGACUCCAGACCGUCCAUCCACAACUUCAUGACCCACCCAGAGUUUAGGAUAGAGGACUCCACCCCCCACAUCCCCCUGAUUGAUGACACUGACUUAGAGGAGGACCCAUCGCUGAGGAACACCCACCAGCCCCAGACAGGCAGCCAGCCCCAGUCCCCCAACAAGAACAACAACGCCGUUGACAGUGGCAUCAACCUCACCAUCGACACCACCAGUAAAUCAGCUGCAUCCUCCGGUCCAGCCAGCCCACUGCACAGUCUGGAGACCUCCCUCUAGUGGCCUGCAGCUGGCUGGUGGAGACCUCUGCAGCUUUGGAGAUGUCCCUCUGGCAGAGCAGUGUCCCUCUGACAGGGCAGUGUCCCUCUGACAGCUCCCCACUGGAAACCUUUGUCAUCAGGCCUGGUAGAGAACUUACCUACUGCAGCCUGGUGGCUCCCACACUGCAGUUUGGAGACUUCCGUCUUGCAGUCUCAUGGAGACAUCAUUGGUCUGCAGUUUGGAUACCUUCCUCUAUCUCCUGAUGUCUCCUGUUGUCUCCUGUUGUCUCCUGUUGUCUCCUGAUGUCUCCUGCUGUCUCCUGGUGUCUCCUGGUGUCUCCUGAUGUUUCCUGAUGUUUCCUGUCUCCUGCUGUCUCCUGGUGUCUCCUGUCUCUUGUCUCCUGAUGUCUCCUGAUGUCUCCUGCUGUCUCCUGAUGUCUCCUGAUGUUUCCUGUCUCCUGUCUCUGCUGUACCUGGAGAAAGCAUACUACUACAGCUAUACAAUCAGAAAGGGCAACAAAGCCAACGCACAUGACCUGAGUGUGUGUGUGCGUGUCUGUACGGUAUGUAUGUGGGUACUGUGUGUGUGUGUGUGUGUGUGUGUGUGUGUGUGUGUGUGUGUGUGUGUGUGUGUGUGUGUGUGUGUGUGUGUGUGUGUGUGUGUGUGUGUGCGCACUGCUGACUGACUGAACCAUGUUUCUAGCAGCAGUAAAGUAGAGAACCAGAAAGACCUUGGAGGAGUGAAAACCAGUGUAACCUAACCUUACUCCACAAUAACAAUGACUAUAUCUAAACCUAACCUUACUCCACAAUAACAAUGACUAUAUCUAAACCUAACCUUACUCCACACUAACAAUGACUAUAUCUAAACAUAACCUUACUCCACACUAACAAUGACUAUAUCUAAACAUAACCUUACUCCACAAUAACAAUGACUAUAUUGAUAAUAGUUUGAAUUACAUAAAAACAUUUUUAUCGCUCCUGCAUGAAUGUACUUUACCCAACGUUUUUAUUUAAAUUGUUUUCAAAACAUUUUUGUUUGAAUGAUUUGAUUGAGUGGGUCGGUAGGAAGUGCUGUGGACUGCUACUUUAAAGACAACCGAUUCACCGGUCUGUGAGUUCCCUGUGUGGCAUGUGCUUAAGUGUUAAAAAUGUAUUUAUAAAUGAGAUCAAGUUUGUAGGGCUCAACUUGCACAGUAGAUUUGCACCUGUUGGAAAAGAGGAACCCAUAAAUAAAUAGUAUUUCUUAAAGAUAGUAUAUAUAAAUAUAUAUAAAGAGUUUAUCUUUGUUUGUUGGCAUGUUGCCUUGUUUCUUCUUUAAUGGUUCUAACUAUUUUAACUUAUUUAUGUCCUAAAGAGAAUGUCAUUUGUUUACACCACCUGUAGAUACUUCCUGGUAAAUUUGUAGGGUUUCAAACCAUUCAGCAGAUGUAGUUGAGGAAAAACUCAAGUUGUUUUGAGUUCUGCUCGUUGGUGUUUAUAACAUACUGUGUACUGAACUUGCCUGCUAUCUUGUCAAAUAUUGUAGAUAAUUUUAGAGAAUAACAAAAGAAAACCAAAAUAUAAUGGUAUAUAUAUAUAUAUAUAUAUAUAUAUAUAUAUAUAUAUUCAUGUGGCAUUGUGUUAUUAUAUGAUUGUUAGGAUGAACUCUGAACGGCUUCCUUCGUUUCCACACAAGAGAUCUGAAUAAGACGAAAGGUUUAUUUCUUUAAUUACUAUUUCUCUUAUUUUUGUUAUUGUUCAUUCAAAAGCUUAAAAGUUGAGACUGAGAGGGUGGACAGUCCUUCUAUAACAGACAUGUCUUCUAUUUAAAAAUCUACUUGUUUUAAGGGAAAUGUUUUCAUUUUUGUGUGACCGUGAAAGACUGCAAUGGAUUUAUAUUAGAAAUUGCAAACUAAGUUAUAUUUGGUUUAUCUGUAUGGAAAAAUCUAAAAGUUGUUUUAAAAAUCUUGUGAUAUAUUGUGUUGAUUUCUUUAAUUUGAAUUUGAUUGAUUUCUUGUUUUCCUUCAAAAAAGAAAGACACACACAGCUAUCCAAAAAUGGUUGGCGUUUUGAGCAACAAAAAAAACAACAAUAAAAUGGAAUUAUGCUUUUGACUGUUUUUAAAAACGUGGAACAAAAGAAGAAGAAAAAAGAACCCCGACCUGGAUGAAGUUCUGGGUUGAACCUCUCUGUACUGUUACUUGUGUUUCUGAGUGUUUUAACCAAGCUUGUCUUCCUGCCUUCAACCUAAUAUAUACUCUAGCAUCUUAAAAAGUAUUCACUCGUUGUUAUAACUAUUUAUUGUGCUUUUAAGAAAGGAGGAAGCAGAGAACAAGACCAAAGCAGGAAGGGACACAUAAUUUUGCUAUCCAUCCAAAAGGCAUUGAGAUGUCGAUAAUAGCGGCCCAGACCAAAUCUAUUGAGUUAUUGUUAUAUUUCUAUACGUCAUUGUAAAGCAUGAUGUAAUAAGCAGUUGAACCAAUCCAAUCCAAUUGUUCUCCUCUGAAUGAGUCUUUUGGUAAUUAUAUCUUGAUCUGAUUUCUCUUUUCCGUCCUGUGUAUUUUAUUAUUGAACCCCUUCUGCCAUCAGAUCAGGAGAGAGUGCACCAAGGUUUAGGUUAAACUCGGGCCUGUUGAAGAAGGACCAUUUUUCAUAUUUAUUUUUUUUCAUUCAGAAAUGUUUAUCUUGACUUCUAAAUUUGCUUGAAAAAAAACGCUUUUCUUUUAACGUUUUUAUUUUUUUAAACUUUGAUGUUUUUCUGUAAAACAAUUGACAUCAAAAGAACUUCAACCGAAGGUUCACCAUUCUCCCAUCUAUACAUUCAUCUCUAUACAUUCAUCUCUAUACAUUCAGCUCUAAGAUGACGCAGUGAUUAGUAGAGUUUUCUACUAAUACACAGAGGAAUGUCACCUAAGAGGAUCCGUUCAGGCCAGUGGGCUGUGUUCUACUAAACACUACUAAAUAACUCUAUAACAGACGUCAUUACCAAUCAGGGCUUGAAUUCAUGUAUUCUUUUAUUCACGGUCAUUUAAAAGGUCAAACUGAUACUACGGGGGGGGGUCCUGAUCUCUAAGCUGUUGGUCAAAUCACACCAUGCUACACAGCAUCUCUAAGCUGUUGGUCAAAUCCCACCAUGCUACACAGCAUCUCUAAGCUGUUGGUUAAAUCCCACCAUGCUACACAAUAUCUCCAAGCUGUUGGUUAAAUCACACCAUGCUACACAGCAUCUCCAAGCUGUUGGUCAAAUCACACCAUGCUACACAGCAUCUCUAAGCUGUUGGUCAAAUCACACCAUGCUACACAGCAUCUCCAAGCUGUUGGUUAAAUCCCACCAUGCUACACAGCAUCUCCAAGCUGUUGGUUAAAUCCCACCAUGCUACACAGCAUCUCCAAGCUUUUGGUUAAAUCCCACCAUGCUACACAGCAUCUCUAAGCUGUUGGUUAAAUCCCACCAUGCUACACAGCAUCUCUAAGCUGUUGGUCAAAUCCCACCAUGCUACACAGCAUCUCCAAGCUGUUGGUUAAAUCACACCAUGCUACACAGCAUCUCCAAGCUGUUGGUCAAAUCCCACCAUGCUACACAGCAUCUCCAAGCUGUUGGUUAAAUCACACUAUGCUACACAGCAUCUCCAAGCUGUUGGUUAAAUCACACCAUGCUACACAGCAUCUCCAAGCUGUUGGUUAAAUCCCACCAUGCUGCACAGCAUCUCCAAGCUGUUGGUUAAAUCCCACCAUGCUACACAGCAUCUCCAAGCUGUUGGUUAAAUCCCACCAUGCUACACAGCAUCUCCAAGCUUUUGGUUAAAUCCCACCAUGCUACACAGCAUCUCUAAGCUGUUGGUCAAAUCCCACCAUGCUACACAGCAUCUCCAAGCUUUUGGUUAAAUCCCACCAUGCUGCACAGCAUCUCCAAGCUGUUGGUUAAAUCCCACCAUGCUACACAGCAUCUCCAAGCUGUUGGUUAAAUCCCACCAUGCUACACAGCAUCUCCAAGCUUUUGGUUAAAUCACACCAUGCUACACAGCAUCUCCAAGCUUUUGGUUAAAUCACACCAUGCUACACAGCAUCUCCAAGCUGUUGGUUAAAUCCCACCAUGCUACACUAACCCAUCCAACUGUCGACACCAGUAUUGAAACUGACCUUUAAUAAUGAUGUAUCCUAUUAAUUAUCAUGCUUAUUGCAAUAUUUCACCUCUAUAUACUGUACUUAGCAGCAUGCAUGUUGUUGAACAAAGAAGAUGUUGAAAUGCCAAUGGUGAAAUGUGGCCUACCAGCUCAUUGAUGGAUGUCAAUAGUAUUCUCUAUCAUCCGACUUCUUGUUUUCAUGAUUACAUUUUUUUAAAUUUAUAUAAUAAUUGUAAAUAAAAAACUCAAUGUCUUUGCUAAUUUACUACUAUGCAAAAUGUAAUUCUGAUUGUUCCCCACCCGAGUGUGUUUCUGGAAUGUUUGUGAUUAGUUAAAAAAGGGGAGUAAAUUAUUUUCUAGCUUGACGAAAGUUAUGAACUGAGACUCUUGUCGCUGCUUGACUGCCCCGUUACCACGACUCCAAGACAGGAGCAAGGAAAGAUAAUUAAAUAAAUAUCCUGAGCAGCAUGAACCAGAAUGGUGUUA